AUGGGGUCACCUAGUGGAAUCUACACGAUAUACCCAGAGAAUAUUCCAAAUGGAGUCAAUGUGUAUUGUGAUAUGGAUAUAGAUGGAGGAGGCUGGAUCGUUAUUCAAAAUAGAUUUGACGGAUCUGUUGACUUUUAUCGAACUUGGAAUGAAUACAAAGAUGGGUUUGGGGAUCUGAACACAGAGUUCUGGUUAGGCAACAGUUAUAUUCAUUCGAUAACCAAAUCGGAUACAUAUCUACUUCGUUUCGACCUUGAGGAUGUAGCCGGUAAUACACGAUACGCUGUAUAUAACAAUUUUAUGAUCAAUGAUGAAGAAGAUGAAUACAGACUAACAGUAUCCGAUUAUUCCGGAGAUUUAGGUGAUUCAUCGGGAUUUACAUACAACAAUAACGCCGUAUUCAGUACAAAAGAUAAAGAUACUACGAGCUGUACAAGUGGCCGACAGGGGGCAUGGUGGUAAAAAGGCUGUACUUGGGUGAAUCUUAAUGGUCCAUGG